AUGAAGGUCGUUAUCUUUGGGUCCAGUGGUGAUCUCGCAAAAAGAAAGCUCUUUCCUGCUCUUUCUAGAAUAAAUCUAGAGGACGUUGAGGUUGUUGGAUAUGCAAGGACUAAGUUCGACAUUGAAUUUUCUGAGGUUCUUGAGGAAGUUGGGAACUAUUCUCCAGAAUUCCUCUCGAGAGUUGCCUAUAUCAGAGGAUCCUAUGACGACCUUUCGAAGCUUAGAGAUAUUGUAGACUCUGAGACUGUGCUGUAUUUUUCUGUGCCACCUUCUGUUUACACUUGCUUGUUUAGAGAGAUAUCGAAACUUGAUUACAAGGUAGUUGGAAUUGAAAAGCCAUAUGGAGAAACUAAAGAGUCCUUUGAGAAGAUAAAGGAGUUUGAUCUGAGCCGAGCCAAGUUUAUUGAUCAUUAUCUUUUGAAGCCACUGGUGGUGGUGAUGCCUGGGAUUAUAAGGGAGUCUAAAGCACUUCAAGAGGUUAUGGAUAAUAAGCAUGUGAAGACUGUUGAAAUAAUAUCAAAGGAGGUUCUUGGGGGAGAAGGAAGGAGCUACUUCGAUAAAAAUGGGAUUAUAAAGGAUAUAGUUCAAGGACACAUGGCCGAACUCCUCGGGGUUAUUGCUUCUGAUGUGACGGAGCCAUCAAGAACCAUGGAGGCAUCGGAAAGGCUAAAAGUAUUCAAGGAAUGCACCAUUGACAUUGAAAAAUGUCUUUACGGGCAAUAUGAUGAUUACAACAAGGAGAUCCACAGGGAUUCAAGUACGGAGACGUUUUGUAUGAUUCCUAUAAACAUAAGCUCACCUCGAUGGUCUAAGGUUCCCUUUAUUAUUGUUGCAGGAAAGGGGAUGAAUGAAAAAAGAACAGAAAUAGUAAUUGAGUUCAGAAGAGAUGCAUUUGCAAAAUGUAUCGACCUUUUCUGUGGGGAUCAACCUUCCGGCAGGACCGUCCAUACUAACGAAAUAGAAGCUGUGAGGCUGGUUUUUAACAUUUAUCCAGAGUGUGAGGUGUUUCUGGAAGUUCUCGUUGGAUCAGAUCCUAUUAGGCAUGUUCUACAUGAUAAGAAGAAUAUUAAUGAUCUAAUGCAUGAUAGUCAUGGAGAAUACCAUGACUAUGAGAUCAUCUUUGACAGCCUCAUAAGAGACAAGGAGUUCAGCAGUGUAAGUUCCCAUGAGGCAGAGGUUUUGUGGAAUGUAUUUGAUUCUAUAUUAUCUAUUGACAAAGGAGACGUGCUAUUCUACUACUCUAAGGGAAUUGAUAUGCCAAAGGAAGCUGAGGAAAUGAUCAGGAAAAUUAAAGAUCAUUAG